GGCGCUGGACGCGCGGAUGCGUAGGUAAGGUUGGUUAUGGGGAGACCAUCGGCUGGCGGAUCGUUUUUUUCUCUCGUCGCCGGUAGCUGCGCGUGGCCUCUAGGGUUCGGUGAGGCGCCUCAUCGCGUGGUCGAGCCUUGUGUGCCCCUUGACCUAACGCCUUGCGGAGCGCAAAUCUGCGGCCGCGGUGACAGUCCGCCAGCCUGUGCGUGCCUUGCUUGUGUGCGUCCCGUUGCGGGUUAAGGUCGAAGAAGAGGAACCAUAGUCGAGUCCUUGGUGGGGAUGGUGCCUUUCGGGUGGCACCACCUCCGUGCAGAUAAAUCUCGUGCUUGGUUGGAUGGCCCAUGCAUUGCGUUUUAGUAGAGUAGCUCAUUGAACCACAUGUUUGAUGUUGCCCAAUAUGUGCGCAAAGCUUCUGUGGUCGUGUUUACGGUUUGCCUCUUUGUGGUUCCUUAACCAUCUCCAACCAUAUUACUUUUAUUUCGUUCCUUCUUGAUUCCCCCUUCCCGUUCCUAUUACUUUUAUUUCGUUCCUUCUUGAUUCCUCUCCCCGUUCCUAUUUAUUACUCCAACAAUUUGUCCUCAAAGGGAUUCGUGAAUGGAAAGGAGAGAGAAUCUCAUCUUGAAAAGAAUGAUCUUGAGAAUUAUUUCGUGACGGAAACCGUGAAGGAAAACUGUUUGAUCGCUGAAGGAACGAAAAUCCCUUCCAAAAUGUAACACACCGGACUUUUAUAUGUGGAAACUGUCCAUCGACCCGCUGGCAUGACAUUUGGCAUCUCAUGGAUCACGGGACGUGUCGUUCGGUGCUAUGGCAUCAGCAUUUUGCUUUUCCAAUUUUGUGCUCUUUUGCAAAGUCAAGCUUGAAGUGCAUGCUGUUAUGGACGUCACUUUUCCAAUUUUGUGCUCUUUUGCAAAGUCAAGCUUGAAGUGCAUGCUGUUAUGGACGUCACGCCAAAAUUACUAGGACUUUUGAAUUGCAACAAGUAAUGAUUCCAUUUUGGAAGGUUUUGCAUGGAACGGCCUGCAUAUUGCUCAGUGAAUCUACAGUUGAUAUGCUAAUUUGAAAGCUCUGCUACUUAGUUGGAUGUGCUACAAUGGAGCUUGAUGGCCUAAGAGAAGCAUUCGAUCGGGUUGUUGAGAAACGUGCGUUAUCUUCUGCCAAAGCUCAGGAAGCUGUUGAUAAGAUAUUGAAUGAAGUUGAGCAGGCGAUUGCUCAGAUGCAGAUGAUGAAUACGGAUUCUAUGGGCACUGUUGACCCCUCGUCUAUCCUUGCAGAACUGAAAGCUAAGCUGAAUGCAAUAGCGCCACUAAACCAACUUGAAGGCUGCCAGAAGGAACUAAAUGUUGCCCUGAGCAAAUAUCUCAAGCUCCUUGAGAAGUCUUUCAAUUCAGAUAUAUCAAAGGCAUACAGAAAUGUGGAUUUUGAGGUCCAUACAGUGAACAACAUCAUAGCGAAUCAUUUCUACCGCCAAGGCCUCUUUGAUCUUGGUGACAUGUUCAUCCAUGAGUGUGGAGAACCAGAUGAAGCUUCCUUGAAGUUGCCGUUUCAGGAGAUGUAUGCAAUACUUGAAGCGAUGAAAGCGAGAAACCUUGAACUCGCCCUCAGUUGGGCUGCCAAAAACCAUGACCAACUAUUGCAGAAUGGCUCUAUGCUUGAGUUGAAGCUUCAUCAGCUUCAGUUUGUUGAGAUACUUGCUAAAGGAAAUAAAGAUGAAGCUUUAAAGUAUGCGAGGGCCCACUUUGCACCCAUUGCAUCUGUGCACCAAGCUGAGAUCCCGAAGCUAAUGGGUUGCAUUCUCUGGGCUGGACGGCUUGAGCAAUCCCCAUAUUCUGAAUUCUUGUCAUCAGCGCUUUGGGAGAAGCUAGCUGAGGAUCUCACCCAUCAGUUUUGCAGCAUUUUGGGCCAGUCUAGUGAGAGCCCACUGAGUGUUGCAGUAUCAGCUGGUUUUCAAGGAUUACCAACCUUACUGAAGUUGACGACAGUCAUGGCCACAAAGAAGCAGGAGUGGCAGGUGAUGAAGCAGCUCCCGGUCCCCAUAGACAUCGGUCCAGAGUUCCAGUACCACUCUGUCUUUGUAUGCCCAGUGCUCAGGGAACAGUCAAGUGACGAGAACCCUCCGAUGCGGAUGCCCUGCGGGCAUGUUGUCUCCAAGCAGUCCAUCAUGAAGCUGUCGAAGAGCAGCUCCAGGCCUUUCAAGUGCCCGUACUGCCCCUCGGAGGCUGUCGCGUCACACUGCAAGCAGCUGCAUUUCUAAUUGCUUUUCUUUUCUGGCUGCGCAAAUCUGUUCAUACUCUUCUCAUGUUCCUGUUGCACCAAUCCUAUAAGUUCUGUACUCUGUAUGUUCAGUUAAACCUGUAGCGUCGUCUGGAUGUUAAUCUGUACAGUUGCGAAUUCCAGUAUGUUGUUCAAGUCUAUCUGGAGAUUCAAGGAAUUUCUGGGAGAA